UUCAACAUGGCGGCGGCCAGCGCUGCGGGACCGGUUAGUAACGUGUUCCCGUUCCGGGACGCCCGUGCGGUGCCGGACCCGGUGCUGGAGGCCGGCCCGGUGGCACAGGGGCCGCUGCCGGUCCCCCUGAUCCUGGACAACGGGUCGUUCCAGGCCCGCGCCGGCUGGGCGUGCCCUGGGCCCGACCCGGGCCCCGAGCCGCGCCUGCAGUUCCGCGCCGUGUGCGCCCGCGGGCGGGGCGGGGCCCGGGGCGGGGCCCGGGGCGGGGCGGGCCCGCAGGUGGGCAACGCGCUGGGCAGCCUGGAGCCGCUGCGCUGGAUGCUGCGCUCGCCCUUCGACCGCAACGUGCCCGUCAACUUGGAGCUGCAGGAGCUGCUGCUCGAUUACAGCUUCCAGCACCUGGGAGUCUCGUCUCAGGGCUGUGUGGAUCAUCCCAUCGUCUUGACGGAAGCUGUGUGCAACCCACUGUAUUCACGACAAAUGAUGUCGGAGCUUCUCUUUGAGUGCUACGGGAUUCCCAAGGUUGCCUACGGAAUCGACAGCCUCUUCAGCUUCUACCACAAUAAGCCAAAGAACUUGACUUCCAGUGGGCUCAUCAUCUCGUCGGGAUACCAGUGUACACAUAUUUUACCCAUCUUAGAGGGGAGGUUAGACGCAAAAAACUGCAAGCGCAUCAAUCUCGGAGGGAGCCAGGCGGCUGGCUACCUGCAGCGCCUCCUGCAGCUCAAGUACCCCGGCCACCUGGCCGCCAUCACGCUCAGCCGCAUGGAGGAGAUCCUGCACGAGCACAGCUAUAUCGCCGAGGACUAUGUCGAGGAGCUGCAGAAGUGGCGGUGCCCCGACUACUACGAGAACAACGUCCACAAGAUGCAGCUCCCGUUCUCCAGCAAGCUCCUGGGCAGCACGCUGAGCUCUGAGGAGAGGCAGGAGCGGCGGCAGCAGCAGCUGCGUCGGCUGCAGGAGCUCAACGCCCGCCGGCGGGAGGAGAAGCUGCAGCUGGACCAGGAGCGGCUGGAGCGGCUGCUCUACGUGCAGGAGCUGCUGGAGGACGGCCAGAUGGACCAGUUCCACAAGGCCCUGGUGGAGCUGAACAUGGACUCGCCGGCCGAGCUGCAGUCCUACAUCCAGAAGCUCAGCCUGGCCGUGGAGCAGGCCAAGCAGAAGGCCCUGCACGCUGAGGGCGCCCUGGAGGUGGACGUGGUGGACAGCAAGCCAGAGACACCUGAGCUGGAACAGCUGGAGCCAUCCCUAGAGGACGUGGAAAGCAUCAAUGACUUUGAGCCCCUGUUCUCCGAGGAAACGCCGGAAGUAGAAAAGCCAGUUGCCACCGUCCAGCCCGUGUUUAACUUGGCAGCGUACCACCAGUUGUUCGUCGGGACGGAGAGGAUCCGUGCUCCGGAGAUCCUCUUCCAGCCCUCACUCCUGGGGGAGGAGCAGGCGGGCAUCGCUGAGACACUGCAGUACAUCCUGGACAGGUACCCGAAGGACGUUCAGGAUUUGCUGGUCCAGAACGUGUUUCUCACGGGGGGAAACAUGAUGUACCCUGGGAUGAAAGCUCGAAUCGAGAAGGAACUUUUGGAGAUGAGACCCUUUCAGUCUUCUUUUCAGGUUCACCUGGCCACUAACCCCGUGCUGGACGCCUGGUACGGGGCUCGGGACUGGGCCCUGGACCACCUGGAGGACGAGUCUGUGUGGCUCAGCAGGCGGGAGUACGAGGAGAAGGGCGGCGAGUUCCUGAAGGAGCACUCUGCCUCCAACGUCCACGUGCCCAUCCGCCUGCCCAGGCAGGCUGCCCGCGCCUCAGACACCCAAGCGGCUGGGAAGGGCUCGGGGCCCGGAGGAGGCAGCGCGGGCGAGCAGGGCUAGCGGGGACCCGGGGCCACCAGCCAGAGGACAGGACAGUGACUGUGGCAGAGGCGCCCCGCGCCCGGCUGCUGGACGGCGAGACGGGUCUCUCCUGGGGAGAGCGGUCAGGGGUGCUGGGAGUCACCCGCAGAAGGAAUGGGGCUCACUUGGGGGCAUCUGCAGUGAAGAAGCUCAGAGUGGCCCUC